GCAGUUUGUGGCUGACGGCUAGGGAGUUAUUAAGAGUGAAAUCUAUGAACCCAGAUUUAUACGCAAUGGUUGCGGAAAACCCGUAUGUACGCUCCAGCUAUAGUCAUGUUUAUCACAUGUUUCAGGAGAUUUUUGAUGUGAUUUCUGUUGUAGAGGAAGAGUGCAGGCCUGUCAGUCUGACGGUGCGGUCUUCGAUUGUUUGUGGAGACAGAGCCAAUGUUGCUAAAGAGAUUUUUCAGAAAAUGUAUUGCAAAGAGAUAGCGGAGUAUAAAGAUGAUGGUUUUGUUGUGUUUGCCACGGAUGCAUCGGUGAAGGCUGGGAGUGCUGGAUGUGCCGUUUUUAAUGCCACGCGGGAUCAGCGGUUCCUGUUUAGAAUUCAGGGGAAGACGUCAAGCCUCUUCUCUGAGUUAAUAGCGCUGCUUAAGGCAGUUGAGAUUGCGGUGGAGGAUGGCUGCUGUGAAUUUGUUGUCUUUACGGAUAGUCUAAAUGCCUGCAGACUGCUGAGUGCCCCUCGUACGAAGAAUCACCUUGUUGCUGGAAUUUUUCGGAAGCUGAAUUUCUCUAAUAUCAACAAAUGCCAUAUUGUAUGGGCACCUGCCCACGUUGGUAUUAAAAUCAAUGAGACUGCUGACUGGCUGGCUAAGUAUGCAGCUGAUAUUGGUGCCCCUGUUAAUUUUGAUUACACCCUCGAGGAAGGGUUAAGGCGUAUAAAGGAUGAGAUAUAUGAUAUUUGGAAUCGUGACUAUCGUUUGAAAUCUACUGAAAAAGGCAGAAAGUUCUUUGAGCUGUUUCCUGAUAUUCCCUCCCGUCCCUGGUUCCUAGGGGCUGACUUGGAACCUGCGGAGAAAAAGAUACUUAAUAGAAUGUUUACAGGACACACCUAUGAUAAAACCUAUUUGCAUAGAUUUAACCCCGGUUUGUCAUGCUUUUGUGACAUAUGUGGCUGUCGGGAAUCUGUGGGGCACAUGAUUUUUGAGUGCCCUAAAUAUCGCUCACUGAGAUCUCGUUUUAGUAUUUUUACAUAAGCACCCUCGACGUACAACAAUCCUGACGAUAGACUCAACCACUUUCAACACUUCUUGACGAAAAAGGAACAUAUAAUUGGAAUUAAUACGAGCUUUUUGGAGGAUUUAGCACCUACAUCACUUUGUGAUAUCGUUUAAGUUUGGCAGUGUGGACGGCUGCUCCUGGAUAUAACCUGGCAUAUGUGAGACUUGUCUCCGCCAUUCGUUCUGAAA